AUGGCUGAUUUGAGUGGUGUCUUCAAAAUCGUCAACUUAACGGUUGCUGGGUUCUCAUCAACAAGUAUUGCAUUUUUGGAGUUUAGAAUCCCACCUUUAACUCAUCAAUAUGCUUCAUUCUUAUUCUCAUUUUUAGGCCGUGGUAUCUUUUAUCUAUUGAUUGGUUCUUUGAUUGCGCAUGGUAAUGCCAUUAGAAUCAUCUUUGGUGUUUUGGUCGGUAUCGUUGGUAUCGCAUUUACAGCUUUGGAGUUCAUUCCAAGUAUUUCACCACCAGAAAACUUCAGAACAGAAGGUCAUGUGUUGGCUGAUGAUGAUGAAGAAGACAUUAUUUGA